UAAAAAAAAUGUUUCAUGGAAAUUUUUCGACCAAAGAUAUAUUUACGAAUGCUGUUGCUGAGUUCUUAGGGACUGCUAUGUUGAUUUUUUUAGGAUGCGUAGGAUGCCUUGGUAGUUUAACUGUGCAACCUAGUCAUCUUCAAAUAACAUUGAACUUUGGUCUAACAGUUUUAAUAAUUAUUCAGUGUUUUGGCCACAUCAGUAAUGCACAUAUUAAUCCAGCAAUAACAGUUGGUGCUGUAAUACUUGGAAAAAAAACUGUUUACGAAGCAUUCCUUUAUUUCAUUGCACAAAUAUUUGGAACUAUAGUUGGAUUUGGCUUACUCAAGAUUAUUACACCUAUAGGAUUUUUGAAAGCAAGUGUAAACUCCUCAUUAAAUGAAUUUUGCAUUACGGAUCUUCAUCCACAUGUAUCAUUAAUGCAGGGACUUUUGAUAGAAGGUAUCGCUACUGCUAUUCUUAUGUUCAUCGCUUGUUCUAUUUGGGAUGUUCGAAAUUGUCAGGACACUGACGCGGUUUCUAUAAAAUUUGGCUUAAGUGUUACGGCCUUAGCUACUUCAUUUGGACCUUACACUGGCUGUAGUAUGAAUCCUGUGAGAUCGUUAGGCCCUGCAAUAUGGAAUAAUUAUUGGCGUCAUCAUUGGAUUUACUGGUUAGGACCAUUAGGAGGUGCAUUGUUUGCUUCAUUAAUUUAUAAGACAAUUUUCUCUAUCAAUGAUCAAGACAAUAGAGAAAUAAAUAUUGCAGAAAAUACAGCUCUUAAUUGCAUUAACUUACAGAAGUCAUCCCAGACUAUAUAGAGUUUAAUUGCUUUUGAAGGAUGACUACAAUUUUAUACAUUAUUGAAUCAAGCAAUUAGAUAAAAAAUCGACUAGGAGUUCGAUUGUAA